UGCCCUCAAUUAUCAGAAUUUUGAACUCAAGCCCAAAUGCAUAUACUACUUUCUGGUAUAAUUGCAGCAGUUUUCUGACUAAGCUGAAAACCACCGUGGAGUUUGCUACGGUUUCUAUCUCCGGCCUCACUCCUGAUAAUUAGCCGCUUUGACUUGCCGAGAGCGGAAAGGGUGCUUUGUGGGGGAAUCGAAGAUGGAUGAGAACAUGAAGCAAUUCCAGCAAGGCUUGAUUGAGCUUGAAACUGAAGCUGAACAUUUACUAUUGGCCCGUCAUCAGCUGGUUGAGAAUGAUAAAGUGAGGAAUGGGAACAGGGAAGCACUUACUGCACUGAGGAAGAGGGCUCGCACAACAAAAACUAGUGUCCCAUCUCCUUUUAAGUCAAUGAUGAAGAAUAUUGGGGACCCUGGAUCAAGAACUUUGGUAAAGGAGGUUUGUGCAACUUGUGGCAACCAUAACUCAAAUGAGCGGACAUGGAUGAUGUUCCCAGGAACUGAUGUUUUUGCUAAGAUCCCGUUUCAUGCUGCUCACACUAUCUUGGAGACAGAUCAAGCACAAUUGGAUUAUGAAGCUAAGAAACUGCAAAGCUAUGUGAAGGAAAAAUCUUUUUUGAUAUCAGAAAAAGGUGUCCUCGCUGACAAGAUUAGUCCUGGUGUGCUUAAAUCCUUAGUAAUGCUAAAAGAUAAACCAUGUGACUGAUUCUGCAAAGGAGGCAGGCCUCACGAUGCAUAUCAUAGUCUCGUGAUUUAUUUUCUCACUUUGGUGUUGAGUUAUUGAACAAAAACAUGCUAGUUCACAGUGUAUGGCCACAAAUAGCUUUUGGUUCUUUUUCUUCACAAAGUUUUCUCCCUUCCUUCUUGAGUAGAUUGUCAGGACAGUUCAAUAUCGGGUUAAGGGACCAUGUGGAUAUAUGCUUUUACUAGAGCUGUGAAGUUUCGUGACUACUGUUUAAGCAGUUGAAGAUACCUUGUAAUGCUAUAAUGUUGUUGUUUUCAUGUGGUCCUCCGCCCCCCUACCCCCUUCUCCCACCCACCAGCAACCAAAGAAAGGCCACUACUUAUUGUGCAACCUGGCUGAUGCGAUGAGGCAAUCAAAUAAAUCAAAAGUACUUUUUUUGACUUGGAGUCAGCAUUGCUCUUUAUAGGGGUUCAGAAUGAAGUUGGUUGCGAUAUCUGGGAAACUUCGAAGCGCUAACAGUCUUCUGAUUGAUACAGAGCUUCGAUGAAAUUUAGCGACCAUUACUGAUUUUGUUGAUUGUGCUGUGAAUAUCGGUUAUCAAAAUACGAUGUCUUCUUCGAAUCUAUUUUGGUACACAUGACUAGUGCUACAUCUUUGCAAGGACCAUUUUUACCAUACCGAUAUGACUUCCUCUCUGAAAGAAGUUGUAGCAUUAAUAGGGAUAGAGAAACCAUUUUCCGAAUGAUUUAUCAACUGAGGGGAUGAAUUCUGUCUUUGUUGUGAUUCACUCCAGCAGCUAAGUUUCGAAAUCAUGGAAGAGCAUGCCUCUUUUUUACUUGUUUUUGGUGUACCAAUUCAUGUAGUUGCAUUAUUGUUCUUCUGUUUCUUGUAUUGGCUAAGUUGUUAGUUGAAGAGAUGUUGACAAGGCAAA